AAAAAAAAAAAAAUGCAUUUUGUAAAUCUCUUUUCAAUUUGUUAUUCUUUCAUUUUGAUAUGGGUAAACGUAAAGAAGAUACCUUCCAUUUAUUCGAGAGUUAUUUGGCUUCUGGAUUUGCCAAUCAAAACUCCAUAGCAAACGUUCCCAGCCAAUUUGUUCCGUUACCGGAUUCAAUGAGAACUUCUACGCUCUUAGAGCAGAUCGGUCAAGAACGACGAUGGACAGAAGAACAGAUGAAUCUUGACAUUGCCAUUCUGGAGGAAAAUCGGUUAUAUUACGUGAGCGACUUACGUGAACUGUCGAAAAGCAGUUGGAAGGUUAUCACACUACUACCAAUUGUUAAAGAUUUGUUGCGAAAAGCUAUUCGGACGCAAGAUCAGCCGCAACCGGCUCGUAAUCCACCCCCUAUCGAGAAUAGUACUACCAUCAGCAGCAGCGUUUUAGGUAAUGAUCGAAUGUUAACCACUACAGCAACUGCAGAUGAUCCCUAUUCCAAAUUAGACAAGAAGAGUCGAAAGCAGCUUAAAAAAGAAAUAAAGAAGGAGAAGAAACGAAUGAAAGAGAAAAAGUACAAGUCAAGAUCAAGCGAGCCGCUCAUUAAUCAAGAUUCUGAAACGGUGAGAAAUACAAUUCAAAAUCUUACUAUUGAGCAUAUAAUAACGGGUAAUAACAGUGAUCCAACGACACCAUCCGCUUUCUCAACGAAAAAGAGGGUUUCAUUUUCGAACGAACUACCCAUCACAGGGACAGAGCAAGAUCAUAUGAGCGUUAGUAGUACUAGUAGUAGCAGUAGUAGUAGUAGUAGCAGCAGCAGCAGCAGCAGCCAUUGUGAAGAUAGUGAAACAAAGAAUGCUAAGGGUGCUAUUGCUUAUGACGAUGAACCAAUGGCACCUACUGCAACCACGGAUAACAGUAAGCACAGAAUAAUGACAGCGUCAACUACAAUCACAUCUAAUGCUGUUCCUUCGAAUGACGCAACAGAAAGCAUGGUGGUCGAUGCAAACAGUAGCAAUCAUCAGAUGCCUAGAAAAUUCGUAGGUCGACCUAUCAAAGCAAUAAACGGUAAUCGUGUAAGAGUCAGGGCAGAUAAUGGCGAAAUAUUCGAAGCAGAUCGAUGGUGUCCACAUAAACAUGUCGAUUUAGCAACUUGGGGACAAGUAGUCGGUCGCAAGUUAAUUUGUACAAAACACAACUGGCAAUUUUAUUUAGAUGGCUUUCCCUUGACCAAAGGAAAAACCAUCAAUCCUUGUAAAGUGAAUGACUGGUGAAGCAAUGUUACUGUUCUGCCUUUGCUAUAUUCGGCUAUGAUUCCUAGUUUGCUUCUUCUUUUUUUUUUUUUUUUUUUUGGUCUUCUUUUAUUU